AUGACCUGCGCAAUCGAACUGUCUCAGUAUGACUUGCAGUACGAGCCCAGACAUGCAAUCAAGGCCCAAGCAAUGGCUGAUUUUCUGGUCGAAGUGAUGGGAAACACUCCCGAUACACCGAACACACGGUGGAAGCUCCAUGUGGACGGAGCCUCCAACCAAACGUUCGGAGGAGCAGGAGUCAUUCUAGAAAGCCCAACGGGAGUCGUAUACGAGCAAUCGAUCAAGUUCGACUUUCCGGUGUCCAAUAAUCAAGCAGAAUACGAGGCUCUUCUUGACGGCCUGCAAUUGGCGAGGGAAGUUGGGGCCACCAGAGUUAAAGUUAAUGGAACGUAUCAAGCCAGGGACUCACUGCUGCAGAAAUACUUGGAAAGGGUCAAGAAGCUAAGUGAGGAGUUCGACGAGGUCACGGUGCAGCACGUUCCGAGGGAGAGGAACACACGGGCUGAUCUCCUAUCAAAGCUGGCAAGCACGAAGCCAGGAACAGGUAACCAAUCUCUCAUUCAAGGUUUGGUAAAAGAACCAACAGUGACUUUGCAUUUAACCCAAGCAGACCCCUCAUGGAUAGACCCGAUCACUGAUUUCAUUGAAGACGGUAAACUCCCUAAUGACGAAAAGACGACAAAGGUGCUAAGAAGAGAAGCCUCCAAGUAUACAAUAAUACAAGGCCAGCUGUUCAAGAAAGGGCUCAACCAACCUCUAUUGAAGUGCCUACGCUCCGACCAAACAGACUACGUGUUAAGCGAAGUCCAUGAGGGGUGUUAUGGCCAUCACAUCGGAGGGAAGACCUUAGCCCGAAAGCUCGUCCGGGACGGUUACUACUGGCCCUCAAUGAUGGCGGACUCCAAAGAGUUUUGGGGAGUCGACCUGUUAGGGCCUUUCCCGGUUGGACCUGGACAGGUCAAGUACCUAAUUGUCGUCGUCGACUAUUAUACCAAAUGGGUAGAGGCCGAGCCGUUGGCCAGCAUAUCUUCGGCUAAUUGUCGGAAGUUCAUAUGGAGACAAGUAAUAGCCAGAUUUGGAAUCCCAGAGGUCGUCGUCUCGGACAAUGGGACACAGUUUGCCGACAAGAAAUUCGGAGAAUUUCUCGCCGUCUUAGGCAUAAAGCAGAAGUUCUCGUUUGUUGAGCACCCCCAAACCAACGGCCAAGUCGAAGCGGCAAACAAGGUCAUCCUACAAGGCCUCAAAAAGCGAAUUGACCAGAAGAAGUGA